AUGACUAGUGUUACGAUUUUGCCCUACGUCGAAAAAUUGGCUAUGCACAGGUGAGGUUUUGAACUCUUCAAACAAAGUUUUUUUUUCAAUUUCUAGAGAGCCAAUUUUGAAACGCUUAAAACGAUCGUUUUCAGUACAUUUGACUCAAACUCGAGCCGCAUCAACAUUUUCGACGUUUUCCCCAAUGAGACGCCCGAAUCGACGGACACAGAGCCGGAAGUAGCUGGUUUAGACGACGAACAACAGGGGCCUAAUCCGAAAAAACGUGCAGAACUCUACCAAUGGCUCAACACCUCCUACUACGGUAGCAUCAUCCGCAAAGUGAGCGGACAGGUAGCUCAAAUACUUUUAGCCCGAUAGUCCGUAACCCAUUCAGCCGGCCUACAUCCCCGACUACGCGACAGUCCGUCUCGAGGAGAACUCGACGUUGCCCGUGUUUGAAAGUGAGUUCAAUUAUUCUUGGCCUUUUUUUUUAUCGCGAAAUUGAAAAAAGUUUGCACUUUCUCUUUUCAGACGACGAAGAGUAUUGUGCGGCUGCGGAGGAGACGAAUUCGCUUCUCGAGCAGCACAAAAUUCAAGUGGAGCCAAUUGCGGCGGCGAGCAGCACAGAGCACACGAGCACAGAGAGUUACGAGUUGUGCAAGAGCUGUGUGAGUUUCAGGGGGCAGUUUCAGUUGCAGACUUGGAUUGUCUGCUCCCGAGAUGUGCGGAUCAGACGCCGCGAUUUUCGUAAAAACCAGACAUUUCCGGUCUCUACUCCACCUAUCUCGGGACGAGAUAAUCCGAUUUAUCUGAAACUUGGACCUGCAAAGUUUGGGUCCGAUCGGAAAGUUGCAAGUGGGUCAUCCUUCAAUAUUCUCAAAAGUGUUCGGACAAAAAAGUACUAGUCUUGAGCUUUCCACACACAAAAUUGUUCAGUCCUACACUUCCACUCUGAACUCUAAGAUCCCAAAAUUGUAGACCGCCCGCUACACCCGCCACCGUACGACCCGCCACGCGCGCAUCAUCUGGCUCAUUGUGACGACGGUCGCGCUCUCCGUAUCCUUCUUUCCCUACGGCCUCUUCUCCGUCGUCCUCCUCCUCUUCAUCCCGCCACAAAUACGUCGUCCGAUUUGCAAAAAGUGCCGCACUUCGUUCUGGGGCUUCUAG